AUGAACCGAGCGACGAACAACAGAGAAUCCCUUCUUCUUCUAGUGCGUUAAUCUCUGUUCGUCUCCAGCAGCAGUGAAGACAGAGACCAUCUAGGCUCCACAUCUACAAACCAUGGCCCAGGACCUGACUCUGUUAUGGGGCUCCGGCUCUCCUCCCUGCUGGAGGGUGAUGAUCGCCCUGGAGGAGAAGAACCUGCAGGGCUACAACCACAAACUGCUCUCCUUCGAGAAAAUGGAGCACAAGUCCCAACAGGUGUUGGACAUAAACCCCCGGGGUCAGCUCCCCUCUUUCAAACAUGGAGACAACGUUGUGAAUGAUUCCUACGCAGCCUGUUUCUACCUGGAGAGUCAGUUCAAGUCCCAGGGAACCCAGCUGAUCCCGGACAGCCCCGCAGAACAAGCUCUGAUGUACCAACGCAUGUUCGAGGGUCUGACGUUCUACGAAAAACUUAAUGCAGUUAUCUACUAUGACUGGUUUGUCCCUGAGGACGAGCGGCAUGACUCAGCUCUCAAGAGAAACAGGGAGGCUCUGGCAACCGAACUCAAACUCUGGGAAGGCUACCUGCAGAAGUCGGGCACGUACCUGGCAGGACCGUCCCUCUCACUGGCUGACGUGACUGUUUUUCCAACUGUUGCCACACUUUUCAGAUUCGGGUUAUCUGCGGAGAGUUACCCUCAGCUCGGACAGUAUUACACUCUGCUGAAGGAGAGACCCAGCGUUAAAGCCAGCUGGCCCCCUCAUUGGCUGGAGAACCCCACGGGCCAAGAAACACUCAAAGACAUCUGAUGUUUACUUGCUAUUUAAAGCUACAUCUGCAUUGUAGAGUUGCAGUUUGGUUUUCUCCUUCAGCCUUUCGCAUUUGUUUAAUAUAGAUGAAACUAACAGUUUGUUAUGGAAAAAAAUACAGUAUAGUGAGAUGAUUUUCUAAAUAUACCAGUGUAACAGUGGCAGAAAUGUGUUAUUGGAAAAGUAUCGGAAGAAUAAAUAAAUAGAAUGUUAUAAAAAUAUUCAGAUGCAAAAAUUUAAAGAUGUAAAACUGAACAAACGUAUGAGAAAUAUGAGACAUGUUAAACACAUGUAAGGUAAAAUAAGGUACUCAUUGGACAAAGCGUGCAAAUGAACAAUAAAUAAUCUGCAGCAACAUAUGAAAAGAGUUUU